AUGAAUGAUAUUAUAUCAAGAAAGAAAGCACACCUAGAUAUCUGUAUUAAUAGUGAUGUAGAAAGCAAUAAGAGCUUUUUUUCUUCUAUUUUUCUGUCUCACUAUUCUCUUCCCGAAUUAGACUACGAAGCAAUAGAUACUAGCAGUGAAUUUCUUGGACAGAAGAUACGUUAUCCUAUAUUUAUAUCUUGCAUGACUGGAGGCUCUGAAGAAGCGUAUAGUAUGAAUAAGAAAUUUGCAAAGGUAGCUGAGGAAUUUGGUAUUCCUGUAGGACUUGGUUCUAUACGUGUGCUGUUAGAGAACCCGCGUUUACUUGCUGAAUUUCAGUUAAAAAAGAUAGCGCCAUCCGUGCCAUUACUUGCCAACCUAGGGGCUGUGCAACUCCUUGAUAUGAAAAAUACUACAGUCUUAGAUUCUGUGCUCUCAGAGCUGCAGGCGGAUGCACUAGUGUUUCAUCUAAACCCCGCACAAGAACUGUGUCAGAGGCACGGUGCAAGAAAUUUUCAGGGGAUACAGGAAGCGCUAAGAGAAUACAUAGCAAAGAGUACAGUACCUGUUAUUGUAAAAGAGACAGGCAUGGGACUGCAUCCGUCUGAAAUGCAGUACUUGUUAGGAAUAGGAGCGCGGUAUGUAGAUAUUGCGGGUGCAGGUGGGAGUAAUUGGGCAAAAAUAGAGCUUAUGAAUAAUGCACAAGGAUACCAUUAUCAGCAAGAGCAGGCCUUUGCAAGCUAUGAUCACUGGGGGCACCCCAGCGUACUGCUACUACUUUUGAGUUAUGGCAUGGAAGGACGCCUUGCAUCGGGUGGUAUACGCAACGCCCGCGAUGUGCUUAUCAGUCUUGUGCUAGGGAGUAAAGCUGUUGGGAUUGCGUUGCCCAUAGUAAGAGCGGCAGCAAAAAGCAUAGAGGUAUUGCGCGAGUACAUAUCAAUGCUCACACAGCAAUUAAAACAGUUUAUGCUCUUAUCUAAGGCAAGAAAUGUAAAAGAAGUAUCCGCUCUUCCUUUUUGGAUGAAUGCUGAUCUCCAGUUCGCUCUUCUUUCUUACAGCAGAGCAAUGGGUUUGGUAUUACCAGAAAAAGUAAACAAGCAGGUACUAAGAAGUAAUACUACUUGGAAUUAG